CUACACGGUUGAGACGGUGAGCUCGGGGGCCGACUGCAAGUGCUCCUGCACUGCACCCCCCUCCUCGCUGAACCCCUGUGAGAACGAGUGGAAGAUGGAGAAGCUGAAGAAGCAGGCGCCUGAGCUCUUUAAGCUGCAGUCCAUGGUGGACCUGCUGGAGGGAACGCUGUACAGCAUGGACCUGAUGAAGGUGCACUCCUACAUCAGCAAGGUGGUGGCCCAGAUGAACACACUGGAGGAGACCAUCAAGACUAACCUGAGCAGGGAGAACGACUUCAUGAAGGAGAGUGUCCUGCACCUCACCAACCAGAUGAAACGCUAUGAGAACUACUCCGACAUCAUGCUCAGCAUCAAGAAGGAGAUCUCCAACCUGGGUUACCAGCUGCUGCAGAAGGACGCGGCUGCUGUCCCCGAGAGCAAGGCACAGGACACGGCAGGCGGCCGAGAGAAGGAGGCGGGGCGGUACCCCAGCACCCGCAAGGCACUGGGGGACAAGGCGGCCCCCCGAGCGCCCAAGGAGAAGCCACUGAAGCCUGAGAAGCCCAAAAAGGAGAACACCAAGUCCAGGGCAGGGGCCCAGCCCACACCCAAGCCCAAGCCCCUGGCGCACCAGCAGACCGUGGUCCGAGGCAUCACAUACUACAAGGUGGGGCAGGCGGCAGCGGCGGAGGGGCCGGCCGGCAGCCGCGAGAGCCCUGCAAGGGGGCCAGCUGUGCCGGAGCAGCAGGAGGAGAGGGGCCCCCCAGCCCCCCCAGCUGAGGGGACCCCAGCCCAAGCUGUUGCACAGACAGAGACCGCCGUGCCCAACACCACGGCUGUGCCCAGCACUGCCCCGGCCCCCCGCAGCACCACCCGCAGCCUCCCCAGCCCCCUUGGGCAGGGGGAUGACAGCACUGGGGACCCCGAAACACCAAACAGAGUGAAGGAGGUGGAGUGUGAAGGCACCAUCGAGUCGGUGGAGCCUCCCAUGGAGCACCACAGCUACGGGCGCAACGAGGGGGCCUGGAUGAAGGACCCGGCAGCCAAGGAUGACCGUAUCUAUGUCACCAACUACUACUAUGGGAACAGCCUGGUGGAGUUCAGGAGCCUCGAGAACUUCAAGCAGGGCCGCUGGAGCAACCUCUACAAGCUGCCCUACAACUGGAUUGGCACCGGGCAUGUGGUGUACCGGGGGGCCUUCUACUACAACCGUGCCUUCACCAAGAACAUCAUCAAGUAUGACCUGAAGGAGCGGUACGUGGCGGGCUGGGCGCUGCUCCACGACGUGGUGUAUGAGGACACAACGCCCUGGAAGUGGAGGGGCCACUCAGACAUUGACUUUGCUGUGGAUGAGAGUGGGCUCUGGGUUAUCUACCCCUCUGUGGACUACGACUACUCGCAGCAGGAGGUGAUCGUGCUGAGCCGACUCGACCCCGGGGACCUCUCGGUGCGCAAGGAAACCACCUGGAAGACGGGGCUGAAGCGCAACACCUACGGGAACUGCUUCAUCAUCUGCGGCAUCCUCUACGCUGUAGACACCUACAGCCAGAAGGAAGGGCAGAUCUCCUACGCCUUUGACACGCACACGAACACGGAGGCAGAGCUCCGGCUGCCCUUCCUCAACCACUACUCCUUCACCACGCAGGUCGACUACAACCCCAAGGAGAAGGUGCUCUACGCCUGGGACAACGGCCAUCAGAUGACAUAUGGGCUCCACUUCGUGGUCUGAGCGCCCGGGGGUUCCCAUCUGCCCUCCUGCACCCACCCUCUGCUGUGCCUGGCUGGGGCACCCUGACGCAGCCUGGGCCUGGCACCCCGACCCCAGCUGGACCAGGGCUGUGGCAACAGCCCGGCUUCCACCCCAACCCCCUCCCCAUCCUCUGUGCCCAUCAGCUGCCC